AUGGGUAAUAAGAUGCCAAACUGUGCGAUCCCCUACUCAAGUAGAGACAAGCACCUGCAUAUGGUGCUAAGUACGGAGCAGGUCAAGCUUGUACAGGGGUCUUGGGAGCUCCUCAAGGACGACCUUGGCAGAUUAGGGCUCAUCGUGUUUCUCAGGCUAUUUGAAAUGGAACCACAAAUGAAGACGGUAUUUCCAAAGAUUGUGCAAAUGAACCACGACAACAAGCUGGAGACAAACAUUGUCAAAGAUAUGUUACAACGACACGCAGUCACUGUGAUGGAAGGGUUAGGGGCGGCUGUGGAAAGUUUGGACGACUCAAGAAUUCUCAACAGUGUUUUAAUUUCAAUUGGUCAGACGCACGUGCAGCGACAAGUCAAACCACAGAUGGUCAAGAAAUUAUGGCCUUCCCUCAACUAUGGUCUCCAAGAAGUGCUUGAAGAAAAUUAUACGAAAAAUGUUGCAGAAGCGUGGAAAACAGUGUAUGACUAUAUUUGUGUCUAUAUGAAAAUGGGAAUGGAAAAUCCGGACAUUGAUCCCGAUAUUACCAGCGAAAUUGGCAGAUAA